AACAAUUAUGACACGGGAUGAGUAACGAGUUCCCAGCACAAAUUCACCUUGAAAACCCCAUUGCUUAAUGCGUAUGAGUACCUUGCAUGUGAUAAAGCAAUGCAAAUCCAUCACACAACUCCACCAGGUUCAUGCUCACACCAUCACCACCGGUCUCUUACCCCUCCAUACACUCCCAAUAUUGAGCAGCAUCCUCUCCACCCUCACUUCCCUACUCACUCCCCCAAACAACAACAACCGUUGUUCCAAUUUAAUGACCUAUGCACUCUCCAUCUUCCAUUCCAUUCCAAACCCAACAACUUUCUCCUUCAACACCCUCAUCAGAUUCCACACUCUCCUCUCUUCACCUCUCCCUGCCCUCCAACUCUUUGCCUCUCUCCGCCGUCUCUCUCUUCCCCCUGACUUCCACACCUUCCCCUUUGUCCUCAAAGCCUGUGCCCAACUCCGUGCCCUUUCUCUUGCUCAGUCUCUUCACUCUCAAGCUUUCAAGUUCGGGUUUUUGGCUGAUUUGUUCGUGCUCAACUCGCUAAUACGCGUCUACUCCAUCCACGACCGUGUUGGUGAUGCCCACAAGCUGUUCUGCGGAAGUUUUAAUAAAGAUGUUGUCUCUUACAAUGCCAUGAUUGAUGGGUUUGUCAAAACUCGCCAGAUUGGUCGUGCACGUGAACUGUUCGACGAAAUGGCUGUGCGAGAUUCCGUGUCUUGGGGCACCAUGAUUGCUGGUUAUAGCCACGCGAAAUUGUGCAGUGAAGCCAUUGAACUAUUCAAUGAGAUGAUUGGUUUGGAGCUUCGGCCAGAUAAUAUUGCGCUGGUGUCAGUUCUUUCAGCUUGUGCUCAGCUUGGGGAAUUAGAACAGGGUAGCAUCGUCCAUGAUUACAUUACAAGGAAUGAGAUUCGAGUUGAUUCGUUUUUGGCCACUGGGUUGGUGGACUUGUAUGCCAAGUGUGGGUGUGUUGAGACUGCGAGGGAUAUAUUUGAGUCAUGCACAGAUAAAUAUGUGUUUACGUGGAAUGCUAUGCUUGUUGGCCUUGCAAUUCAUGGGAAAGGUUCAAUUUUGCUGGACUACUUCUCUAGAAUGAUUGCAGAGGGAAUUCAGCCUGAUGGGGUGAGCUUCUUAGGUGUGUUGGUGGGGUGUAGCCAUGCGGGUCUAGUUCAUGAAGCCCGAAAGCUUUUCAAUGACAUGGAAACUCUAUAUGGGGUUCCUCGAGAGCACAAGCAUUAUGGGUGCAUGGCUGAUAUGUUGGGCAGGGCUGGGUUGAUUGAAGAAGCCAUGGAGAUGAUAAAAGGGAUGCCAAGUGGGGGUGAUGUGUUCACGUGGGGUGGGUUGCUUGGUGGAUGUAGGAUACAUGGGAACGUUGAGAUUGCAAAGAAAGCAGCCCAGCAAGUGAUGGACAUAAAGCCUGAAGACGGUGGGGUUUAUUCCGUCAUGGCUAAUAUUUAUGCACACACGGAACAGUGGGAUGAUUUAAUCAAGAUUAGGAGAUCAUUGAGCGCCAACAAGAGGGCCAAGAAGAUUACUGGCUUUAGUUUGAUUAGACUGAAUGACAUUAACUAGAUGCCAAGAUGAUAAUCUCCUUCCUCACUCAUGGUGUUCUAGGCAGCUGCAAUCAACUUGAACCUUCUGACUUCGAAGGCUAUGACUGCCAACUUAAUCGGGAGGGAAAGGAUAAGGUGUAAAGAUUAAUUGGAUACUAGGAAUAAAUUUAGUUGUGAUUGGUUGUUAUUUUAUUAAUUUAUUGAUAAUAAAUUGUGAAUGAUUAUUUGUCAUUAGAUCUUUACAUAUUAAGUUUUCAGCUUUCCAACCAGCUCGAGAGCUGUGGGGCCACCAAAGACAAUCUUUUGGUCCAUGGUGAUGCAUCACAAGAAAUCUAUCACUGAUUUUAGUCUACUACAUUAGAAUAACACAAUUUAUUAAUUUCAUAGUUCAGAUUAUAAACAGUGCGUGGCACUUCCGGAGGCUUCUAUGGUUAU